AUGCACCUCCGCAAAAUCCCCUACUCCCUCGUCGCAACCGACAUCGCCGCCAUAGCCGCCAACACCGACUCCUCUAACCCAUCCUCACGCUCCCAACGCUUCAGCACCGCUCACCACCACCUCUCAGAAAUAACCCCCGUCGUCCCAUCCAACCCACACUUCACGCACGAAACACCCCCAUGGACAGCCUACGGCUACACACUCUGGCACCCGCUCAUCGCAUCCUCCCAAAACCUGCCCGAAUACCACGAGAUCCUCCUCCCGAGCUUCCUUUACGAAGACCUACUACGUUGCCACAGCGCCUGGGUAUCCACAUCCCGCAUCCACACCUCGCUCCUCAACGACGUCGUCGAAACACUCCUCUGCACUAAAUCCGGCAAGAAACUCGCUGGCCUCCUCGAUGGAAAGCGGCAAUGGUUCAUCCGUCUCGAUCAGAUGUCGCCGAAAGACUCGCCCAUGGGAGGAAAGCUUCCUAGCUCUACCUGCGAAGACGUCAUUACAAAGAUCUGUUCUAGUAUGCGCGCGUACGGCUGUCUAAUGCGGGAGUUCGAAGACGCGAGGAAGGAAGGGAGGGAGAUGGAGAUUAAACUCGUGUUGAAUCCGUGGGAUGAGGGUAUGGAUGCCGGAAAGGAGUUCCGCGUGUUCGUUCCGCCACCAGCCGCGAAGACGGGGAGGGAGGCUGUUGCAGCGGAAUUCUCGAUUAGCGCAAUCAGCCAGUAUAGGUGGCCGAUGGGGUUUGAGGCGCCGUGGGGGUUUGAUCUGAAGCAGACAGUGGAGUUGGUUGAUGUGGGGGCGAAGAAGGUUUUAGGGGAGAUUGUGGCGUAUACUGAGAAAAAGCUGAGUAAGGACGUUAUGAGGUUGCUAUUGAGGUACGGGUUCAGUUAUGAUGUUGCGCUGCAACAGGAUGGUAGUGUGCAGUUGGUGGAGAUUAACCCUUUUGGCGCGCUGUCCGGGUGUGGAGCUUGCUUGUUCAAUUGGGUUUUGGAUGGGAGGGUGCUGUAUGGAUUGGAAGAGCCGGAGUUCACUGUGACGGUGGAGGAAGAGUAA